AUGAAUAUCAGUACUCGGUGCAGGUCAGGGGCAGGUUUGACCAGCUAAUGAGUGAUGGCCUUACUUCUGAAGACCCAGACCUGCUUCUGCAAAAGAUACAGUCACGACAGAAAAAGGAUAAGAAGGCAGCCAAGGAGAAGCCUGUAAAAGAAGAUAGCACACCUGCUGCAAAGACCUCAGGUAGUGGUAGGCCCUCUAUCUCAUUGAUUAUUUAACAGCACCCCAAGUUCAUCAGGCAGAGAAGCAAGUUGCUGAGGACGAGCACAAGAGCGACCGCACUGAAAAGAGGGGUGGCCGACAGCAAGAGGCAACUGAUGAGGAGUUCGAAGCUGCCGCGGAGCCCUCUGCACCGGCUUUUGAGCACCCGGAAGGCAGGAGUCAUGCAAACCGUGGUCGUGGAGGUUUUACGAAGAGCAGGCCUCCCCGUGCUCCAGGCCAGCGGGAGUUUGACCGUCACUCGGGUUCCCUUAAAACGUAAGUGAUGAAUUGUUAUCCCUGUCUGAUUAAUGAGGACAGCUUUUACUGAGUUUUUGCAAGUCCUACUGUUGUGACAUUUAAUGAGUUGUCGCAUUAUAAAUCACAGUGGUGUCAAGCCUGUCAUGAAGAAGGACGGGUACGGCAGUGGAAACUGGGGAACAAUCGAGGACGAACUUGAAGUGACAAUGGCACCUGAAGGCACCUUACCCGAAGAACCACUUUUUGAGGAAAAAGAGAAGGCUGAAGAGCCUGCAGAGAAACCUGCGGAACCUGUUGAAGAGGAGCAGAGAACCCUAACUCUGAAGGAGUACAAGGAACUAAAAAAAGCCUCCAAGGCGAAAGUAGAGUUGAAGACUACUGGUGGUCGCGAGGCGAACGACGGGAAGGACGUUUUUUCGAACAUGGUCGCCGUAAGCCAACCACGACCUGUCGAACAGUUCAUUGAUGUUCUGGCCGAGACCGAAACCCCGUCUGAGGUAAGUCAGUAAUUAUGCUUGAGACAAAUUCUUUAGGAUUCGAAGCCAGCGUUCUUCGAAAUGAGGACGCAGUCGCGCGGACGCGGCCGGGGUACUGCAGACCGGGGGCACAGUCGCCCGGAAGUAGCCCCUGUACAUGCCGAACCAGAACAGGACGCUGCUGAGAAUGCCACGGGCGACCCGGAGCCGGAACAUGCACCUGCCGAACGAGGACGAGGUGGAUUUGGGCGCGGUGGACGCGGAAGAGGGCAGCAAGACCGCGGUGCGGGUUUCCCCGAACGCGGCCGUGGGCGUGGCCGCGGCUUUGGUGGUCGUGGUUUCUCGGUCGGUGAGCGUGGUUCCGGUCGAGGCUUUUCUCGAGGAGGCGGUGAACAUUUCGAACGUGGAGGUUCUCGCGGCGGCUUCAGCUCUGAGGAUGGCCGUGGAGGCUCAGACUCGGGACGCGGUCGUGGCGGUCCCGGACACGAGCGAGGUCGAGGCGGCUUCGGACAUGAGCGCGGCCGGGGUGGCUUUGACCACGAACGUGGUCGAGGCGGCUUCGAUCACGAGCGUGGCCGAGGCGGCAUUGCUCAUGAGCGCGGCCGAGGCGGCUUUGAUCAUGAGCGCGGUCGAGGCGGCUUCGAUCACGAACGCGGUCGAGGUGGCUUUGAUCAUGAGCGUGGUCGAGGUGGCUUCGAUCACGAACGCGGCCGAGGUGGCAGAGGAGGCUUUCGUCCUGAGCGCGGUCGUGGCGGUUUCGGUGCAGAGCGUGGAAGAGGCGGUCGCGGAAUGCAAAUGAGGGGCGGGUUCCGUGGUCGGCGCCCCGCACUUGAGCACGGCGACGUCCCAUCGCCGUCCACUCCGGUGCCACCGUCAAUGGACAGUGAAUCGGAUUUCCCAUCCUUGAAGUGA